AAUAAAAAUGCUGAUCCUCGAGACACACAGCUCACACACACACACACACACACACACACACACACACACCUGGGAGGACAAGAGCGGUUUGGAAACUGAGAUCAGACUGUUACUUUGCAGAAAUGGCUGAAUUUGAAGAGAUUAUUGAAGCAAUUGAAGAUGAGAUAGAAGGAGCAGAGGGAGAUAUUGAGGAACUACCUGAAGAAGCACAAGAAGAAAUAAGAAGUGAAAUAGCUGAAACCCGCACUGUGAUCGAAGAGCUUUCUACAACCCAGAGUAAGCUCAAAGAGUUCCUUUUAACCCUCAAAGAUUGUGUUUUUACAGUGGCCAAGUUCACUGCUAAAAAUAUAGCGAUUGGCGCCAUCCUGUGGGGGGUAAAUAUCGCUUUAAACAAGCUUCUUCCACACAGUCAAUCAGAAACCCACAAACGCAUGAGUAAUGUAAUAAAGGCCUUGAGUGAUGUGAUCAGUACUGAAGCCAAGAUAAACCAGAAGGCACUGGACUGGAUGAAGAUCCACAAGGAUGAUACCAUCUGUCUGGAUGGAAUUGAACUGCCAAUGGAAGCCAUUCUCUCUAAACCCCUCACACCUAUAGAACAGGCCACUGAAGAUGCCCAAACCAUCGCUAACUCCCUUCAAGAAACUGUUGAUGGGAAAAUUCAGUUUAAAUGUCCAACAGCAUACGACAUGAAAAAGUUCAUGGAAGUUACUGAAGUGUUCAUCAAGGCCUUCGGUAAUCUCCUCACCUUCAUUAAGGAGAAAGAAGAGAAGGUUGAAGCACUGAAGAGCUUCCCAGUAAAAGAGGAAGAUCUUAAGGAUCUAACAGAAAAGCUCUACGUGGCCAAGGCUUUACCACUGUGGGAUUAAAUGAUGAUCAGAUAAUCAGAUGUAGUCAGAAAUGGCAGAACAGAUCAUCAUCAGUUUGACUAAUUCAACAGUUUUAUCUACUAAAUUUAUUAGAUAUAUCCUCAAAUUAACAUUUUACUGACAACAUGUUAAUAUUUGCUUAUAAUAAAUUCAUCUUAAUUCCCUUGAUUGUAUUCGGAUGAGGAACGUUGAUGUUUUUCAAAUAAACAAAUUCAAAGUUUUUUUAUACAAAUCAAUAAAGUCUGAAAUCCGUCUCAUGAUGAACCAGUGACUGUUUUUCUGUUUCAUUAUAUUGGGAACAAUAGAACUGUAACCUGGAUCUGUUUCAUGUGCAUCAAUUAAAAUCAUUUUAAAACGUU